AUGUUCAGAUGGAAGAAGACCAUCUACAAAACAGUUUGCCUCUCCUUUUUGCUGGUGAUCACAGUGACGGUGCUGCAGCGGGGAAUGGCCCCCAGCCAGUUCAUGCAGGGCCAGCAGCAGAAGGAGCUGUCCCCUCCAGAGCCCUUGAAAACGCAGAAGAGAGACAACGCCUUCUCCAUCACCAGCAGUUUCUGGAAGAGCAAGAAGGAGAAAGCUGCUGUGAAGGUGGAGGAGAGCGUGACAGCAAGGCAAACGAAAUCCUGGGAUGUUACCACUACCAACUGCUCAGCCAACCAGAACUUCAGCAAGGUGGACUGGUUCAAAGGGCUGGAGCCCAACUUCCAGCAGUUCCUGCUCUAUCGGCACUGCCGCUACUUCCCCAUGCUGAUCAACCACCCCGAGAAAUGCAGUGAGGGUGUCUACCUGCUCAUUGUGGUCAAGUCUAUCAUCACGCAGCAUGACCGCCGUGAGGCCAUCCGGAGGACCUGGGGCCAGGAGAAGGAGGUGGAGGGUAAGAGGAUCAGGACGCUGUUCUUGCUGGGCACGGCCUCCAAGGAGGAGGAGAGGGCAAACUACCAGAAACUGCUGGAUUAUGAGAACCGCAUCUAUGGGGACAUCUUGCAGUGGGAUUUCCUGGACAGCUUCUUCAACCUCACCCUCAAAGAGGUCCAUUUCCUGAAGUGGCUGAACAUCUACUGUGACAACGUCCGCUUCAUCUUCAAAGGUGACGAUGAUGUGUUUGUGAGUCCCAGCAACAUCCUGGAGUUCCUGGAGGACAAGAAGGAGGGAGAGGACCUCUUUGUGGGGGAUGUCCUCUACAAGGCCAAGCCAAUCCGGAAGAAGGAGAACAAGUACUACAUCCCCAGCGCCCUCUACAACAAAAACAACUACCCACCCUAUGCAGGGGGUGGGGGCUUCAUCAUGGAUGGACCCCUGGCCAAGAGGCUGCACAAGACCUCGGAGACGCUGGAGCUGUACCCCAUCGAUGAUGUCUUCCUAGGGAUGUGCCUGGAGGUCCUUAAAGUAUCACCUGUUGGGCAUGAGGGCUUCAAAACCUUUGGCAUUGUGAAGAACAAGAACAGCAAGAUGAACAAGGAGCCAUGUUUUUUCCGGAGUAUGUUGGUGGUUCAUAAACUGCUGCCUCCAGAGUUGCUCCAAAUGUGGGACUUGGUCCAUAGUAACUUGACGUGCUCGAGAAAACUCAACAUCCUUUAGCUCAGUCUCUCUGGAGAGCUGGGGCUGGAGGGGCUGGGACAACUGAUCCUUGCUCCGGGGUGGGGUUGAGCCUCUGCUGGUGGCACACAAGUUGUUUCGGGGGCAUCUCCCUCCAGGGUGAGGAGGGCAGAGACACUGCACUCCUGGGCAGGGUUUGUGAUAGUGUUUGUUUGUUCCUGUACUGUAAUGUGGUUCACCUAUCUCCAGCUGGGUUGGGGGUUGCUGAAAAA